AUGGCUUUUUUCCAGCGCCCCUUUUACGCCCCUAAGACAUCCUUUACCCCUCUUUUCCGCCUUCUUAAGGACUUUGAUAAUUAUUCUCGUCAGGAUCGCCGCUCUGGCCUGGCGCACUGGCAACCUAAGUUUGACGUGCGCGAGACUGACUCCACCUAUGAGCUCUAUGGCAAGCUGCCUGGCAUGAGUAAAGAUGAUGUGUACGUCGAAUUCACUGACUCUCAGAGUAUACUUAUUCGUGGUAAAGUUGAGAGGGCAUACAUUUCUGGUACACCGCCUGCUGGAGCCUUAGAGGGAACUACGACGAGCGGUGCCAUCGCUGAGGGCGGCGGAGAACAAACCGAGCCAUCUUCUUAUAAAGCAACCGUCGAGAAUACAGCUGAGGAUACUCCUGCUGCUGCAAACCCCUCUAAAACGCCACAGAGCGCCACGACAAAGAAACCUGCUGAUACGGCCAAGUACUGGCUCACUGAGCGUAGCUUUGGCGAGUUCUUACGCACCUUUGACUUCACUACGCCUGUUAACCCAAACAGCGAAAUGUUAUUACCCGAAUUCUAG